CUGGUCUUUGCAGAGGCUGAAAGAGAACUAAUUUCUGCUUAAACAUUCUGUAUUUUUAAUACAUACGAUACAGCAUUGGAAUAUAUUGCCAAUUUCUUUGAGGGAGUGUUCUUCAGUCUUGGGACAGUCUGGUGGAGCAACCAAGACACAGAACUCCAGGAGCACUUUAAAGAGUACACAUCUUCCCAAACUCUCUGACUGGAAACAUAAAGAGCCAGGAUGAGUUUCAGGGUGAGUCUAUUGUUCCUGACCAUGACUGUGGUCGUAGUCUGUGGUCAGAAGAGACGCCUUGCAAAAGAGGAGUGGAACUAUCGUGAUGGCUCUGAGAGGGUAAGCAUGCGAGGAGUUGCAAAUCUGACUCAAGUGCUUGAUGACUGGAGGUUUGACAUCCUGAACCAAGUAAAAGGACUCCUUCAGAAGGACCAUCAGUCCUUGCUGCCUGACUACUCCAGGAUCCAGCCUCUCUCCGAGGCACUGGAUGACUUGUACAAAGAGUUCAAUGCCCUGAAAACCCAUCUUGGUGAGCUGACUGAGAAGUUUGGACCAUUGGAAACCUUCAUAGAUGAAGUGAAGGCCGAGAAAGCCAGUGCGAGCGCAGCACCUGCUAACCCGGUGCGCAGACGGGUCAUUAAGAAGACGCCUGUUGUCUCCUAAACGGCCGUGUUUGAGUAGAGCUGGAUCUCUCCUAACAUCAAACCACUAUGAUAUAGAUUUCUUUAGCAGCCUUUUCUUGAGCUUCUAACUCUUUUGGCAUCUUGUUGCUGUAUGUUGCUGGGAAACAGGUAAUAAACAAUAUGCUGAAUAUUGUGAAUGUUCCUCUAUGUGGUUUGGGUUGUAUCUAAAAGCAGCAAUUUAAAUGUAACAGCCCACACAUAAUUAACAUUGCAAAAAAUAAUGGACACAGCUGUAACCACAGGACUUUAUUUUCAAAAUACCUUCCAUUGAUCCAAAUCAAAAAGAAACGAAUAGGCAUUUGUUAUGCAGCAUAAGAGUAUUACAUUUAGCUGUCUUUAAUCCUGUAGUUGGAAUUAGUCUGUAUGAGUAUAUUCAAAUAUGCAUGACUGUCAGUGAAUUGAUAUGUGGUAUUUGCAGCUCUCAAAAUGAUCAAUGGCUCGUGCAGGUAUAAACUGAUUAUGUACAAGCUAAGAACAUUUCAGGAACACAAUAAAUUGUGUUUUUCAUUGUGUAUUUAUGCUUAUAAUCGGAUGAGCGUGGUAAUUAGAUGCUUAAUAUCUCUUGGGUCAUAUUUGCCAUCUCAUGUAAGCUAUAAUAAAUUCAGUCUGUUGCAUUCA